UCUGCCAAUCAUUCUACUCGUUUAUCGCGUUGAAUUUAGAGGUUGGGUUGGGAUUUGUAGAUUGUAAAAGAAUGGUUUUUAAUUUAUCAGUGUAAAUUUUAUUAUUACCCAGAUAUCAAUAUGAUUUUCAACGAAGCUGAUGAGUUGGCUGAGUUAUUGAAAGGAAUAUUUCCUGUUUAUCUACUGAUAGCAUUGCCCUUAUUCAUAAUUAUAUCACCGGUGUGUCCCGUAACUGCUUCUCAUGAGUUUCCCGUGUAUAGAAUGCAGCAGUAUGACUUGCAUGGAGUUCCCCAUGGGUGCAGAAGUGCCCCGGUGAACCUGGAGGCGCGCUCACUGUCCAGCUGGAGCACAGGACGGCACUGUGUGGUUGCUCGAAUGCAGGAUAUAUCGGCCGAUCAGUUCCGCGAAAUUCGCGCCAAGGCGGGCGCCUUGCUUGUCGCGUUGCCGCGUGACCUGAGCACGCUCACCGAUAAACAGAAACAGGAUCUGAUCCAACUGGAGAAGGGAAUGUUGUAUCAGGAAGUGUUCAUUCCUGUCUACUUUGCCGUGUGGACUCCUGAACUGCAGACUAUCCUGGAUGACGUCGCUCAUAGCAAACUCACCGACGAAAAAGCGGGAACUGCUGCACAGGUGUGAAACCGGCUGUAUUCGACUUAUUCCUACAUUCGCGAUUGCUAUCUACCUUGGGGUAGUCUAUUUAUUUGUUCAGAACUUUCCGACUCUCUACUCAACAAUGCUGUACUUCGCCUCGACAACGAAAAAGUCCAAAGUCAACUGAGCAACUUUUUUGUAGUGUGUGUAUGUGAAGUAAUUCCUUCUUUGUGUAAGUGUGCGUUAAACACUGAGCUAAAUAUUCAACUGGAGGUAGCAGUGGCUAGAGCUACAGUACCAGAACAGUAGUCCUAUUUAUUUUUUGGUUACUGUAUAAUAACUACCUAUUUUAAAUAUACAGUAAUAAUAUUCAAGCAGUUGGUAAAACUGCAAUUUCUAAUAAAAUCUUCCAUUUUCUCCUUUAAUCAACCGAUCAUAAUACUAUUAUUAUAGUACUUGUAUUAUGGGUAUAAUUCUCAUAAUCUAAUAAUCUUAACUGAAAUAUGUUGUUCAGUAUAAUAAUAGUCAAAUCGUCAAUUUUUUUAUUGCAUGUUCUUCAAGAACAACAAUAUUGAUAUCACAGUUUAUAUGUUACAUUAUAAAUAACAUUAGAUGCCACAUUAAAAAACACAGUUUUAUAUUGUCACAUCCAUUUUCAUAAAUUUGGAUGUGACAAAAUAGAACUGUUUUUCAAUUAUGGAAAAUUUCACAAUAUCGAUUCUCCUCAUUCAACAAAUUUAUCAAAAAUGUCACAUAAUUGAACCAAGAAUUAUGAAUAACGUAAGGACAUACUUAACAAGCUAUAGUUUUGACAACAUGAGGACAUAUUACAGUAUUGAAAAUACUAUUUAAAAAAAAUAUAUAUAUAUAUAUAUAGAAUUCUUCUUUCUAAUUUUGUCAGGUUGAUACUAAGAUAAGGACAUACCGCAUUGAAAAUACUAUUUGAAAAAAUAGACAGAACGCCGUUGUCUAAUUUUGUUAGGUUGACAUUAAGAUGAGAACAUUAAGUAUUGAAAAUACUAUUUAGAAAAUAGAACGCUUGUGUCUAAUUUUUUCAGCUGUACAUUAAGAUGAGGACUUACAGUAUUGAAAAUACUAUUAAAAAAA